AUGAGAAAUGGUGCUAUCCCGCGUGUACAAACUGCAGUUACAGGGCCUUUCCAGAUAAUGGGGCAGAUGACGGAUGCAAUUUCUGGGACGGAUGACAACAUAACUCCUUCCACUGUUGACAAGAACUCAGUAACAAGCCCAAUGAAUUUUUUGAACACAACACCGGUUUUGAAACGAAAUCUUGAAGAAGUCUUUGAUUUGGACAUUAAUGAAAACUUAUCAUCUUCAAAAACUCCAAAAGUGUCCCUAGAUGGUCCAAGGAAAAAGUUGUUGGAGAUAAAGUUGGAAAAAAGUGGCUGA